GGACACAGUGUGGGGUGUGCUGACUGGUCAAGGUAGUGAUAAUGUUUCAAGUCUCGUGGUUCAUGAGAUCCGAGAGAUUGAGACUUGGAUAUUACGUCUGCUUAGUGCUCCAGUUCCUGUACCAGGGAAGACCAAAGUCGAGAUUCAAGUGUUACCAAGGGAUGUACAGCCUCCAUUGUUGUUUGCUUUACCAGACCACACAAGAUUUUCCUUGAUAGAUUUCCCCUUACACCUGCCAUUAGAGCUUCUUGGAGUAGAAACUUGUCUCAAAGUUCUUACUGCUAUAAUGUUGGAGUUCAAAGUAAUUAUGCAAUCACGAGAUUACAACGCCCUGACUAUGAGUGUUAUGGCAUUUGUGUCAAUGUUGUAUCCGUUAGAGUACAUGUUUCCUGUGAUACCAUUGCUGCCAACGUGUAUGUCCUCGGCUGAACAGCUACUACUCGCCCCCACCCCAUAUUUGAUUGGAGUUCCUGCCAGUUUUUUCUUGUACAAAAAAGAUUUUCAAUUACCCGAAGAUGUGUGGCUCAUAGAUCUCGACUCAAACAAGAUUAAUCCCCCAAUACUGGCACAGUAUGGCAGCAAUGAUUUACCUUGUAUGCCGGAACCAGAGGGAUCUAUUCUCAAAAAUCAUCUCAAACAGGCACUAACAAGCAUGAGUAUGACACCACAACCAAUAAAGAAUUUAGAUGCUCUUGCUCAAAAUCCUGAGAUGUGGAAACGGCGGGAAAGUUUUUCGUCCAUGACAGGGUUCAAUCCUUUAAUUUACGGCAAUGAUGUAGAUUCUGUUGAUGUUGCUACUCGAGUUGCCAUGGUGAGAUUCUUCAACUCAGCAAAUACAUUAGGUAACUUUUCUGAGCAUACAAGGACACUCAGACUGUAUCCCAGACCUGUUGUAGCAUUCCAGCUGUAUAGUUUCCUAAAAUCUAGACCAGUCAAGACACAUUUUACCCAUAGAUUGGCUAAAACUCAGGCAACGGAAUAUUUUGGAGAAUGGUCACUAUGUCCACAGAAUGUUGCAUUUCUACGGGUACAAACAUCUGUGUUUGAUCCACUCCUAAUAGGGGACAAGGCCAAAUGGUACGCCAAUCAGUUACAGCCAAUAACAUUUCGUGUUUAUGAUGAGGCAUCAUCACUUGGUGCAGCACUGAGUUCAGCAACAGAGGUUGUUAGUGAUGAUUAUCCUACAGAUGAAAGUGGUAGUGACAGUGAUGGAGCUGAAUCAACAUCAUCUUCCUACUCUUCCCUCAGUGACUUUGUUACUGACAUGGUGAAUAGUGAAAUAGAUGGAGAUACACCAUCAUUUCUGCCAGAGAAUCAAGUUUUAGCAGUAGAUGAAUCGAAAGUGUACAACCCACCAGACAGAUUACAGUUACCUGAUUCAUCAUUACCAAUGAGUGACUCCGCCCACUCACAGAAUGACAGUGAAGAUGAUGAUGGAGGGGAUUCAUCCGAUAGUUCGUACUCCAGUAGUCCGAGAUAUGCCCCGGAACCUGACUCCUUAGCUGUAUCUAAUCCUAAUAUACAGGAAAUGGAACCAUCAAAAGAGUUCAGAUAUGAUUCAGGAAAUAUCACCCCAACUGGCAGACACAGAAUUAUAAGUCGUCAGGACAGUAGUGGGUCAGGCAGUCCCCCACCCCCAGGUCGAUCAAGACCUCCAUUACAACCUCUCAACAAGAGCAUAAAUUCUGCAUUUGAAUCUUACGAGAAACCACCCAGUCCUAGAGACAAAGUUCCUCCAAGUCCUAGGGAAAGGUUGCCUUCUGGUUCAAGUCAUAGGGUGCCAACAAGCCCUAGACCUCCAUUAAGUCCAAGAGAUCGAACCCCAGGAAGCCCUAGAGACUUAAAUCCUCCAAGUCCAAGAUUCCCAAGGGUGCCACCUCCCAGUCCAAACAUGGGUCGAGAGAGGUUUGGAUCUCAGGGUAGCCAAGGAAGUCAGGACAGUGGUAAAGGUGGACCAACUGUACCUAGAUCAUUGAGCAUGCUACAUCCAAACAAAAAUGGAACAAAGCCUUUAGAUGGUACAGAGAACAGGCAGUCAGCCGGGUCUGAGCGAGGUGCGAGCCCUUCCUCUCUCAUCUCAACUCUCAGUAGCGAUUUGACAGAUUUUGCUCACAAUGCUAGCAGUACUUUUGCAGAGCUUUUUGGAUUAUCUAGUAACAAAGGUUCUAAAACAGGUACGAGCCCAGUUCCUAUCACUAACCCUGGCCCUCAGCACCAGAAGCCUACACCUAAACCAUUUGCUCCCCUAGGCAACCGAAAGGCUCUAGUCGAGAAGUCUGGUUUAGUGAAGCAUGCCACUAACAGAAAACCAACUAGCAAAGAAAAACAGAAGGCAAAUGAAACAAAAGGUUCUUCCAACAGUGAGAAUCAGCAGUUUUUGAAGGAAGUGGUGAGCAGUGUUCAAGAAGGUCAGGGAAUAAGCUGGUUAAAGAUGGGCAGGGUGAAGAAACUAUUAGAAGAUGAGAACUAUCGUAACUUCAUGAUCAGUAGAUUAAAUAAAAAUCUAGACAAGAAACUCAAUGAUGAUGAUGUACAUAUAGAAGAUGUGGCAAUAUCAAAAGCUGUGUACAAGGGUAUGUUGUCAUUGUUGAAGGCUUUUGUACAUGGGUUAGAAACAACAUUCCAGAACUAUGGUAUAGGUGGCAUGGCCAGCGCCUUUAUGGUGCUAGAAAUAGCUCACACACAUCACUGGGCACGUGAACACACAGGCAGUAAUAAAAGUGACACUUCCUUAACACCUGAGCUGAAUUCUCCAUAUGGCAGUCAAGAAAGUCUCUCCAUCAAGGGAGAAAACUCUCCAAGAAAUCCAGACUCACAAAGUUUGAAUGAAGAUUCCAUGGUUGCUGCCCUUGGACAACAGCAGAGACCAUCCCCUCUCUCUUCCUUACCUUAUGGCGGCUGGAACCCUGAGCACCCGCACGGACAUCUACACAGACAUAACAGCUCCCCAGGAUCUCCAGUGAUUGUGAAUGGUGACGAGUUUGAAAACAUUGAGAUCGUCCAUAACAACAUGUCUGAUGAUAACCCAUACAAACUGAAGGGCUACUCCGGUCCUGAUUUGAAUAGAAAUAUUACCAAUUCAAACCAAAAAUGUGACAUUAUAAUAACUGGAUCAGCAGAUGACCGUCAUCGAAAUAUCCACCAGCAUUCUUUAUCAUCACCUCCGGCAGACAGGGACGUGAUGUUAGAAAUGGUAAAAAACAAAGGUUUAAUCAAGACUGCAAAAAUGGACGAGCGCAUGAGCAGCAUUGAUUCAGACAUGUCGGAGGCAAGUACUCUGGUUAGUGUUGCUUCCGAUAAGACCGGACUUGAUGAUAAAAGUAGGCGGCGCUCUAGGAUUAACCACCAUUCUAUACGAGGUUUCGUCUCGGACUCGGAAACCGAGACAUCAGGGGGUAAAGGAAGUCUUAAGAAGGGUCGUUCAUCAAGUUUAUACAGUAAUAAAAGCAGUUUAAGUACAGGGUCACGGUAUAGGGAAGGUCAGAUAAUCUCAACAUCCCCUAUACCAGGCACUCCAGAAGUCACAAAAACAUACCUGUUUGAGGGACUUAUAGGCAAGGAGAGGAGUAGAUUGUGGGAUCAGAUGCAGUUUUGGGAAGAUGUUUACCUAGAUGCUGUAGCCCAGGAGAGAGAUAUCAUUGGAAUGGACCAGGGUCCAGCAGAAAUGAUGGACAGGUACAAUUCAUUGGGACCUGGUGAUCGUAAAAGACUGGAGCAUGAUGAAGAUAAACUGUUAUCUGUGAUGCUGUAUAAUCUGGUCAGUUUUAUGGUGAUGACCAAAGUACACAAGGUGGAAAUAAAGAAGAAAGUACGUAGACUGCUGGGGAAGUCUCACAUGGGCUUAAGUUAUAGUCAAGAAAUAAACAAUCUGCUGGACAAGAUUGAAACAUUGCAUGGCAAUGAUAUUGACCUUCGACCUAUGGGGAGUCGUUUUAUGCAGAAACAGUCUUUUACAGUUCACUGGGGCAGUGAUAAUAAAGGAGACAUGCUUUUUAUGGAGGUAUGUGAUGAUUGUAUAAUAUUACGAAGUGUUACUGGUGCAAUAUGUGACAGAUGGUGGUACGAGAAACUUGUCAAUAUGACAUACUGUCCGAAAACUAAAGUCCUCUGUCUAUGGAGAAAACUUGGUGACAAAGUACAACUCAAUCAAUUCUAUACUAAAAAGUGUCGAGAGUUGUAUUUCUGUGUGAAGGAGGCCAUGGAGAAGGCAGCUACGAGAAAUAAUAGUAAGAUACCAGCCGAUUGGGGAAAGCCCAAGAAAGGCCCUGAACUAGGGGGCGAGUUUCCGGUGCAAGAUGUAAAGUCGGGGCAGGGUGGGUUACUACAAGUUUGUAUGGAAGGCAUAGGUUUGCUACUAGCCAAUAGUAAGUCGUUUAUAGAGCUAAAUCGUAUCAAGAAGUGUUUUACCUUGAAGGGGGAGAUAUUUAUUCUUGAAGAAUUCGAUUCCAAAAGUAAACAAGUAGUUCAGCACCGUUUUCAAUCCAGUAUGGCUGACCAGAUCUGUUACGCUGUGUUGUGUGUUUUUUCCUAUGUUGCUGCUGGAAACGAGAUUAAAGAUCAUCAUCGCAAACAGACUUGACCAGAGUAGAGUCUUAUACUACUAAUAUAUAUAUAUAAUUAUAUUUUCAUAAAAAUAACGUACCUCAGGAGGUGAAUGCCCAUUGUGUUCAUUUCACAUAUAGUUUCCAUUGUCCAUAAUUAUGCGUAAAUAAAUAAAAGUGAAAUAAUUUAGCUGAAAAUAUAUGUAGAUAAAGAUACUAAGAUUUUGGACCAAAGGUCAAAUGUUAAAAUAAAUUGCCGAUUGGGAAACAUGGCAUUUGUAGAAAUUAGUUUUAAGAAAUGGCAAUGAAAGAACAAUAGUAAUGGGGUAACAUAAUAGGUACAUGACAUGUAUAUUGAAUAUUAAUUAGUAUUAAUUUUCGAAUGGUGCUUUUAUGAUGUCAUUGACCUCGGAAAUGUGCGUAUUUUGAUUCUUUGUUAUAAAAAUAUAUCAAAUAUAGUUGAAUAUAGUUGCUUAUUUUUCUUGCAGAUUACUUUUAUAAUAUAGUAAAAUCUGUCUGAUUUUGUCUUUCAUUAUUCAAAUUAACAUUAUUAUUUUUUGUACAGAAAGUCUUUAAAUAUAUAAAUAUUCUAUUUUUUGACUUUUAAGUGUCAUUUGUGUAUUGCUUGACACUGUAAAUGCCUUUAUUCAGCUUUGAAUAUUUGUCCAAAGCUUUAUAUUGACAACAAUUUGCCUUGCUUUCAGUUCAAAGGUAAACUAUGAGUCAUUUUCAUAUGUUUUCUUGCAGAUAUUGCCCUGAAAAAAAAUCAAAUAAGUAUUUGGGCAAACGCUUUAAAUUUCUAUCUGUUGCAUAAUAGUUCACAUCAUAAUAUUAAUGUCUCAAGUCUUCUUUACUUAUAUGCUUAAACUUUGUACUUUUUAUCUUUCACUAAAAUAAUUCCACAAGAACGCUGAAUUAUUAGCAAUUUAAAAGGAAAUGAAAUCUUGGAAAAAAUUGAUAAUUAUGACUCUACUCUGGUCACAACCGUGAACUGCAGAAGGAAGUAUAGAAACAAUAGAAGUUUAGUGAAACAGUUUACUGACAAUACUGAUGAUUUCUUUGUGGAAAACAAAGAGUAUAAGCAGACCGAGAUAUUUGUCGAUUAUUUAAGAGUGCAAAAUCAGAGCAAAUUGUGAAAAGAAGUGUAAUGAUUGGUUCGAAUCACAGUGCUUGUGUACUUUUCUAUACUUGAUACAUAUCCCUCGGCCUUGACAGGAGAAAAAGAAAGCAGCGUGUUAUUCUUAUUUGUGUAUUUUAUUUGUUAAUUGUCUGCUGAAUGCAAACAUGUGUUUAACACAAUAUUUGUAAAAUGGCUAUAUUUUAUACCCCAUACGUUACGUCACAUGUGUAAAAUGUCUGUAAAUUAAAUAGCUUUAUUUACUUUAAGAGUUUUAUGUUUAUAUGCUGUGUACAGUGCUUUUCAGCCAACUGGAAUUGAAGCUCAACAAAUCUUGUUACAGAAUGAC